UUGUGCCCCACAGUGAGAUGAGAGUGAGUCCUGGUAUCACAUUGCCCUCACACUGCACCAAAGCUCCCCUUACCCUCAUUGUGUGAAGCAUCAGCCUCCCCCCCCCCAACCCCAAACCUCCCCCUUCCCUCCCCCUGUGCCUCUGUCAGUGUCCGACUCUCACUCUCUCUGCACAGAAGCUGCUGCUGGUCUCUCACUCGGAUCUCCAGUCGCUGCUGUUUCAGGAGCUCUCGGGCUGUUUCGGGCGCUUUUGGGCUUUUGUUGACUCUGUGGCUUCUCCUUUUUCUCUUGGCUUUGAUUUCUGCUCUGGAAUCCGCUCCCUGACUUGGGUUUGUGCUUCUCUGAGGCUCCUGGGCUCUGGGAGAGUAUUUGGGAUUUGAUACCCGUGUGCCAGUCUAUGUGCCAGUCCUUGGAUGGUGGUGCCAGGCUGUUCCUAAUCUUGGAUCUGACUUCUGUGCCCUGUGGAUAUGGACUUUGUGGGUCUGGAUGAAACUCUGGGGAUACUUGUUACUGUCUGAGCUGAAUUCUGGGGAGAGUCAGUGGCACCUAAUCUUUCCUUGGCACCUGUCCCUGCCCAUCACCAUGUUCCAUGUCACCCUCUACCUGGUGUUGCCUUUAAUGGAUGCCUUGCUGGCGGCCGAGGUGAGGCGAUUACCCGCGGUCGAGCGAUUGGAUUGCGUUAAAGCCAGCGAGCAGUGCCUGAAGGAGCCGGAGUGCAGCGCUAAGUACCGGACGCUCAGGCAGUGCGUUGCGGGCAAGGAGAGCAACUUCAGCAAAGUGAUCGGCCUGGAAGCCAAGGAUGAGUGUAAAAACGCGGCCGAAGCACUUAAACAAAAGUCGCUGUACAACUGCCGCUGCAAGAGGGGAAUGAAGAAGGAGAAGAACUGUCUGCGGAUCUACUGGAGCAUGUACCAGAGUCUGCAAGGCAACGAGCUGCUGGAGGAAUCCCCGUAUGAACCAGUUAAUAACCGAAUCUCCGACAUCUUCAAACUGGAUUCCCUUUUGUCAGAGCCCAUAAUCCCCAGAGGGAAUGAUUGCCUAGACGCAGCCAAAGCGUGUAACCUGGAUGACACGUGUAAAAAGUACCGCUCGGCCUACAUAAACCCCUGUACCAACAGCAUGUCCAACGAGAUCUGCAAUCGGCGCAAGUGCCACAAAGCUCUCAGGCAGUUCUUUGAUAAAGUGCCGGCCAAGCACAGCUAUGGGAUGUUGUUCUGCUCAUGUAAGGACGUGGCCUGCACGGAGAGGAGACGCCAGACCAUUGUACCAAUCUGCUCGUAUGAGGAGAAGGAGAAACCCAACUGCCUGAAUUUGCAGGAGUCGUGUAAAACAAACUACAUCUGCAGAUCUCGUCUUGCCGACUUCCUCACUGACUGUCAGCCCGAGCCACGGUCUCCUAGCGGUUGCCUGAAGGAAAACUACGCAGAAUGUCUGCUUGCCUACUCUGGCCUCAUCGGUACAGGGAUCACCCCCAAUUACAUUGGAUCCAACAGCCUGAGUGUCUCCCCCUGGUGCAACUGCAGCAACAGCGGAAACUACAUUGACGACUGCCUGAAGUUUGCGAAUUUCUUCAAAGAUAACAUCUGCCUCCAAAAUGCCAUCCAGGCAUUUGGCAAUGGCACCGACGUGAGGCUACAGCCCAACCAACCAGUGCAAAGCACAACAUCACCGCCCCCUGCCAGUCAUAAACCCAAAAUGAGGGACCCCAACUACACUGACCUGCUCCAAAUCACCAACGAAAUCCCAACACACAAUGGGAUGCCAGCGUGUGCCAAUUUACAGGCACAGAAAAGCAAAUCAAAUGUUUCUGAAGACCCUCAAAUUUGUGUUGUCGAGACUCGUGGGACAAAUAACAUUGUGGGUCACAUGUCCACCGACGAUUCUUCUGGAAGUCUCUCCAGCCUCUGCUCAUUGCUUCUCACCAUUGCCACGACACACUCACUAUUGAUCACUAUUCUCCCUGCUCUGAGGUUAUAGCCAAAUUCACUUUCAUGGACCUGUACAAAUCAAAUGAAAAUAUAUAUAUAUAUGAUUAUUAUAUUCACUUUCCUACCCUCUCCUGUUCCUACAAGAUCGAGAACAACCAAUUCGACUCUAACAGAGGAAAAAUAAAAUAAAGACUGCUCUCUGGUAUUUAGGGGGUGUUGUAAUUUAUCACUGAGGUGCCACAUUCCAGACCCCAAAGGA